AAUAAAUAUAUUUAUAUUUAAAAUGAAAAGAUAUCAAAAGAUACUAUGAUUAAAAUAUUUUAAAAAUUAUAUUUAUUAUUAGUCUGAAUUAAAAUAUAGUAUGAAUUUCUAUGAAUAGGUCCAUUAGGUCCAUUUUUUUAAAAAUCACACAUGAAUCAAGGUUGUGACUUCUGUUUUAAUAUAUAAGAUAAGUCAAAACGAUUCUAGAAAAUUUAUGGUAAAAAUGGAGUAUACGCUUAUUGCUUAUUGUACUUUUUGCAUUGAAGGGUAUUUAUUUUAAAAAUAUUACUAGAUUUUGAUUUGUACUUAGAAAGCGAGUAUUUGCUUUUUACUUAUUUAUCUAACAUUGAUUAAAAUUACUAAUCCAUUUUGCUUUAAAUUUUAACAAUUGAGUUUCUAUGUUUUUAUCGCUGUUUUCCUUUCAAAGUCUGGUAUUAAUUUGAAAUAAAUUUAAAAAUGAUGCAUGUGAUUUAAUAGUAUAAAUACUAUAUAUCGAAGAAUAAUGUGUUCUCAUUACUGAAAUGUAAUAGCGAAUGAAUUGUUAAUUUUAAAUUAAAAUGAGAUUUUCUUUUUAUAUAUUUGUAUCAUAGUUCUAACCAUUAAUCUACAUCAUUUUUUAUUCUUAUUCAUUUAGAAACAACUACUAUUUUCACUUGUUCUUUCAAAACACUGAUAUUUUUUAUCAACUAUUUUGAUAAAAUUUGCAUGAAUUUAUAACUUUUAAUCAGAAAAUAAAUAAUUUAGUUGUUAAAUGAUAAUGUUUGACCCAACCUCGUUGCCGAACUGGUAGGCACCUUAUAUAUAAUCCGGUUUGAAUUUAAUGAAAUAUUCGAUGGAACCUGAUAAAAGCUCAAAACCCCACUAUUAACUAGUUGGAAGUAAUUUUAUAAAAAAUGAAUUGAACCCAAAAUUUUUUAAAAGAAACAAAUAUAUGGCCGCAAAUAAAUAAAUCUAAUUUCUUAGGGCUGAUAUAUUAUGUGGCUGAAUUUGAUAUGAUCUUGAUGGAUGUAGUCUUAUUGUUGUAAUAGAUUUUUAUAUUGUAAUUUUGAAUAAUUAUGUUAUAAAGAAUAAAACACAUAUAAUUCUUAUUGAAUUUUAUGUGUAUAGUAAAACUAGGACCAGUAAAAAUUGCAUUGUAUAUACUAUAUUUAAGAUCAAAUUUCAUUUGUGUUUAAUAAAAAACAAAUUCUCAAAUAAUAUUAAUGGAUUUCAAAUUUAGGCAUUUAAUUAAUGAAAAAUCUUGAUUAUUAUUAUUCAAAUCCAUUCUUGUUUGAACUGGAUUCCAAAACCAAAAGACUAAAAUGUCAUUAAUUAAAAUUAUAUUUUUUAUUGAAACUUAAUGGUAUUUUAGGUAAAUUUGAGUUUUUCAUUAAAUGAAAAAUCUUUCAUAUUUUAAUAGUAUAGAUAAAUAAAUUUGGUUAAAAAGCACCCUAUAACAUCCAAAAUCUUGUCCAUGUUAAUUACAUCAACUCAGCUUCUAUAUUAGCACACAACGAUAAUAAGUGUUGUAAGAUUUUUGAAAAGGUCGAGUGUGUAAGAAAAUUUUGUUUGGAAUGUAAACAUAGUUUAAUAUAACUAGAAGUUUUCCUACACCAUUCCCAAAAUUACUUUAAAUAUGAUAUUUUUUUUAUUUGAAAAUAAAAUUUUAAUCUACAUCUGAAAAUUAUUAUUUUUUAUAUUAUAAUUUCAAUGGUUUUUUAAAAAAUCAUAAUGUAUUUUUGUAGUCUUAUUUCUUUUGAUUUAGUUUAACUAUUUAAUUUUAAUUUAUUUAAAUUUUAAUAAAUUUAAAAUUACAUUUAAUAAAAAUAAUUUAUAAUUAUAUUAUAUUUAAUGAUUAUAUAUUUUUAAAUAAAUAUUUUAUCAUCUAGUUUUAAAUGUGUAUAUAUAUAUAUAAAUUCUAAUAAAUUUGAGAUUUUGUUUAUUUUAGUUAAAAUAUGUUAAACUGAGAAAUCAAUUUGUUAAUGAACAUGAUGAACAGAUAAAUUUAAAUAAACUUUUACUCAUUUUCUAUUAUAUUUUUUUUUAUUAGUGUUACUUUAGUUUUGUAUUUGUUGAUGCAUAUUUACAAUUAUAUUUAUACAAAUAUGAUAUACAAGUUAGUGUACAAUAUUAUAUUGUAAUCUUAUUUAGCUUAUUACUAUAUAUAUAUUAUUUUUUUUACUUUAAUAGUGAUAUAUGAGUUAUUAAUAUAUUUUAAUUGUUAGGACUGGGAAGUCUGGAUAUCUGGAUCCGAAUUUUUAAAAUAUAUUAAAUUUAAAAUUUUAUUAAUAAUUAUUGUUGAUUUAUUAAUAUUUAUACAUAAAAUUAGUAUUUUGAUAUUAUAUUUUAAUUUUUAAUAUUAUUGAUAUAUUUAUAUACAUAUUUAAUUUAUAUAUUAUUUUAUAAUUUUAGUAUUUUUAAAGAUUUUUUAAAUUUUUUUUACGGAUCCGAAUCCAGAUCCAAAUAUUCAUGAAUAAUACAAUAUUGGAACGAAUAUCUAAAACCCAAAUACGAAAAAAGGACAGAUCCAGAUACUAAUAUCAUGAAUCCGGUGAAUCUAGAUCCGGUUACCCUAAACAAUUAAAAAUACUUGCCAAAAAUAUAAGUUUUUAUAAGAAAAUUUUACAUUUCACAAUUAGUAUGAUGUCACAUUGGUAUUUUCUAAAAGCAUGUUAUUUUUUUAGUGUCAUGUCAUUUUUUUUAUUGAAAAUAAUUAUGAUGAUGAAACGUGUUCAAAUCACUUUUCAAAUAAUAUAUGGGACAAUGGGGGACAAGACCUAUAAACAAUAUAUAAUUUAAGACAUGCUCUUCUUAUGGAGUAUAUGUUUUAUGUUAACAUGAGAUGAGACUUUGAAUGUUUUUAACUUUGUAAUAAUCUUUAGCCUGCUCUAAAACAUUGGUGAGUAAUGUUUUGGUGAUGAAUCGAAAGACUUUGUGUGAGAUAUUCAGCCUUUUAUUUCCUUUUCACAUAAACUUAAGCAUCUAACUAUUUUAUGGGAUUUGAUUGUUAUAUUAAAUCCAGUUUUCUUGUUUAAAAAGAUGUGAUGAAUAUGUGAUUUGAUGAAUUUUAUUAUUAAAACCCUUAUGUUUGUAUAAACGUUUAGAUCAUCCUUGUCAUAGGUUUCUCCAAUCCUUUAUCUAUCUAUUAAUGUAUUAGAGCAUGUGCAUCGCUGGAACCCCACUUGGGGUUUCAGAUUUUUAAUUUUUAUUUUUUUAUCUUUAAAAAAAAAAAAGAAUCAAUUGCGGACCGCCACAUGUUAGUGGGGUCCGCGAAAAUCACAAAAACCCAAAAAAAUCGAUCCUUACUUCAUAGUUUUUCUUAUAGGUUUUUCUCUUUUUUUGCGGGGUCCACGCCUGAAAAACCUUCUAAGGACUCCGCGAUGCACAUGGUCUUAGUAUUUUAAGGAAAUUAAUUGUGUAAUUAAGUUUAAAUUUCAAAGUAAAAUUGUACAGUUAUUUUUGGGUUCACCCCUAGGUGAACCUGUAAAUUCACCGACCAAUAGAAAUCAAUUAUUUAAUAUUCAGUAUUUUUUUUUCAAGGAAACAAAAUAUUAUGAAUUUAUAUCAUGAUUUAAAAAAAGUAAAAAUAAAUAAAAAAUAGUACUAGUUGCAAAAGAAAAUUCUAAAUGUUAAAACACUAAACCCUUAAUCCUAACCCUUAAACCCUUGGGUUUAGUUUUCUUAAUAUUUAGUGUUUUUGAUUUAGGGUUUAUGAUUUAUCCAAUAAUUUAUGUAUGGUUUACCCAAGGAUUUAGGAUUUAGGGUUUAGGGUUUAGUGUUUUGUUAAUGGCGUUAAAAAUAUUUUUUAAAAAAAUCUUGUCUUUUUUUUGCAACUAGUACUAUUUUUAUUUUUAUUUUUUUAAUUUUAAAAUCAUGAUAUAAAUUAAUAAUAUUUUGUUCCUUUUUUUAAAAGAUACUAAAUAUGAAAUAACUAAUUUUGAUUGGUUAGUGAACCUAAAAAUAACUUAAAAUUGUAUCAAAGAAGAGGGAAACAUUGACUCAUAGUUUCUUAAGAUGUGUAAAGAAUCUCUCAUUCAAAAGACUAGUUCUCAAUUUUUGUAUUUUAUUUUAAAACAGACAUAUCUACUAAAGAUCUUACGUUUGUAUAAAAGUUUAGAUAAUCCUUAACAAUAGGUUUUUUUUCCGACCGGUUACCUACCUACCUAUAAAUGUAUUAACAUUUUUAAGGAAUUUAAUCGUAUAUUUUAAAGUAUAAUUGUAUUAAUUAAAAAGUGUACAUUGACUCAUAGUUUCUUAAGAUGUGGAAAGAAGAUCUGGAACGAAAGAUCAGUUCCAUUAUUUUUAAUUUUUGUGUUGAAGAACUUUACAUUAGAAGCACCAGUGGUCAGUGGAUAUGCUCUUAGUAAGUCUACGUUGUAUCCCUGUAGUUUUAGGUGAGCAAAUAAGCAUAUUUAUAAACUUAUUGUUAUCAAAUCUUAUUAAUCAACAUACAUAGAUUUCUGUAAUCUGGUAAAGUAAUUAAUAUUUUGCAAAACUAUUUCCUUUACUUAUUAUUAAAUAAAGUUUUACAACUAUACACAAAAUAUAUAAAACAUUAUUUCAAUUAUUUAAACAAAUUAUUAAUUAUUUACAUAAUCACAAUUCAAUCUAUAAUUUUCAAUUUUCGAAAUAUUAAAGCUCAUAUAAUAUAAAAUUUAAUUAAUUUUGAUAGAUAAAACUAACAACAUCAUGAUCUAAUUGGAACAUAAACAAAUCUUCAAAACAUCAAGCAAGUAUUAAAAGAACUAAAGAAGUAUUAAAGGACGGCGGAAGUAUAAACUGUUUCUUUAAUUUAGCCUACUUAUAAGUGGCAAGAUACAUGUUACUAAAAUAAAAAUUGAAAUCGUUAUAUUAAGAAAAUGUAAAACGUAAGACCGAAAUAAAAUAAAAUAAAUAAAUGAUCUGAUAUUCCAUUAAUUCUUCCGUUCUUCGCGAAUAUAUACUUCCACAAACAUAUAUCAGAAAGAAAGAAAACAAAAAAAGAGAGAAAAAAAGAUUCAUCUUCACAUGUCGCCGGGAGAAGAUAAUAUCACGAGGAUCUCUAUAGAGCCUGAGAAGCAAUCACUUCUCGAACAUCAUGCCGAGAAACACUUCACCGCUGGAGAGAUCGUUCGUGACAUCAUCAUCGGCGUUUCUGACGGUUUAACCGUUCCUUUUGCACUCGCCGCCGGACUCUCCGGUGCUAAUGCCUCUUCGUCUAUCAUACUCACCGCUGGUAUCGCUGAAGUCGCCGCCGGCGCUAUCUCCAUGGGACUCGGCGGGUAUCUAGCGGCCAAGAGCGAAGCGGAUCAUUACGCACGAGAGGUGAAACGAGAACAAGAAGAGAUCAAGACCAUUCCUGAGACUGAGGCAGCAGAGGUAGCAGAGAUGUUGUCAGACUAUGGAGUAGAACCACGUGAAUAUUCACCUGUUGUUAAUGCUCUUCGUAAAAAUCCUCAAGCAUGGGUUGAUUUUAUGAUGAGGUUUGAGCUGGGAUUAGAGAAGCCUGAACCAAAAAGAGCAUUACAAAGCGCGUUCACGAUUGCAAUCGCUUAUGUUCUUGGUGGUUUCAUACCUCUAUUUCCCUAUAUCUUCAUACCGCAAGCAGUGGAUGCGGUAGUGGCGUCUGUGGUUAUAACUCUGCUGUCUCUCUUCAUAUUCGGCUAUGGAAAAGGGCAUUUCACCGGCAGCAGACCAUUUAAAAGUGCGUUUGAAACGGCUUUUAUAGGAGCGGUAGCCUCAGCUGCUGCUUUUUGUUUGGCUAAGGUGGUGCAACUUUAAUAAAACUAAUGUUGUGUUUUAAUGUUUUAAAUUGGACUUGUUUGUUGCAUGCAAUGUGUUUAUUAUCACGGUAAAAGUACAACUUAUUGGGACAGAGUGCAAACUUAAGGAAGCAAAUAUUUGGUUGUUCAUUGUUCAGAAGUUGUCAUACUCAUAUAUCUUUGUUCCACAUCUCUAGAUUAUUAAUUUUGGAAUAGUAAUAGCCUUAGCAAUACAAACACAGUACUUUGUCCUUAGCUCGUCGUAUAUUUCCAUAGACAAGGCGUCUCUACAUACUGUGAGAAGCUACACCGCUUAAUCUCCUCAAAUACAAUCGAUCGGUAGAAUUUCUGCAGUUAUUGAUUCAGUCAAGAAAACCUUAAGAGCCUUAAGCAAGAAAGAUACAAACCAAACAAACCUGUGAAUAAUUAGCGACGCUCUCUCUGCUAAAACCAGGCACAUUUCAUAAACUCAAGAAGCUGCUUUGGUACACCUGAAAUAAAAGGAUAAUCUGCGGGAUGAUUUUUGUUUAUAAAGUUUUAUUUAAUAGAAACUAUAACUGCAUAAAAGGAUAACUGUAUGAAUAUUUUUUGAUAUUUCAUUUUAAAAUAUAUAAAUAUUUAGUUUAUUUAAUUGAAUAAUUAAUUUGUUAGAUGACAUAUUAUGAUGUUUAAGUGAUAAAAAGUCUAAAGUAUUGUCCAAAUUGUGCUCCUACUAUAAUAAUAUUGAUCUUGAUGGGGAAAACAAGGUUGUUUUCUUCCAUUUUUGAUUAUUUAAAUCAACGGAAAUACAAUACAUCUCUAAAUACAAUUUUUUUUUGUUUUGUUUGAUAAAAUUUUAAUUAUAUAUUUAAAAUGUGAAUACAUGAUGAUUUUGUUUGAAUAGUCCCUAGAUCCAAUGAUAAUGCUAAUUAAGUCUUACAAAAAAAAAAUUAUCCGAAAAAAUCAUAAAAACAAUGAUCACCUCACAAAUACAUGCCUUAACAAAAUACAAUGCUUAUCACGCCGGCAAGUCCAUGUUGCAGCAUAUCCAGAGACAUACGCACUCGAUGAUAAGCAGCUCUAAAGUCUAUAUUCUAGUAAAUUAACUCUGGAACAUCCCAAUUCAUCCAUUAGAUUAUCUAUCGGUGGAAUAGGGAAUCUAUCCUCCACAGUUGUAUUUCUCAUCCUUUUAUAAUCAACGCAAAGCUUCCAACAAUCGAAGUAAAAUCGAUUCGGUCGUUAUUUUUUUUUUCUUUUUUUUUCAACAUCUUUUCCCUCUGUGAUUAUUUAUUUUCGUCCAUUUUCCAACAAUUUUUUUGUAUUUUUCGUGUUUUUCUUUUCUUAUCUACAUAUCUGAAUUCAAUAGAAAUUAGUAAAUAUAUAUAUAUAUAUAUAUAUAUAUAUAUAUAUAUAUAUAUAUGUAUAUAUAAUUCGGUAGAACUCAAUAAAACUAUAUCGAUAUGAGUUAUAGCAUAUAACGUAGUUGGACCAAGUUAAACGUUGAUAA